UAAAAGAAACUCAUCUAGCAAGAAUCUCAAUACAUCUCUUCAUAAGUUUUCUUUCAACUUUUUAGAUUCAUAUUUCAUACAUAAAGAGACCGGAGAAUGGGUUGGAGUAUUCCGAAGUUGAGAUGGAUGUUACAGUUUGGAUUCUUCUUCGCAGUUAUGAGUUUGGGAUGGGCUUCUUCUGUCUCAGGAUCAUCAUUAAUCUCCUUCGAUAUUCAUCAUAGAUUCUCAGAGCAAGUCAAGACCGUUCUAGGUGGCCAUGGCUUGCCUGAAAUGGGAAGCCUUGAGUUCUACAAGGCGUUGGUUCACCGCGAUAGAGGUCGGCGGCUUACCUCCAACAACAAUCAGACAACUAUUUCUUUUGCUCAAGGCAACUCCACCCAGGAAAUGAAUUUUUUACAUUAUGCGAAUGUGACGGUAGGGACACCGCCUCAAUGGUUCUUGGUGGCCUUAGACACCGGAAGUGAUUUGUUCUGGUUACCUUGCAAUUGCAAUUCUACUUGCAUACGGACCAUGGAGACUGACCAAGGCAAGAGGAUAAGGCUUAACAUAUACGACCCAAAAAUAUCAACAUCAAGCUCAAAGAUUACGUGCAAUAGUACACUCUGUACAUCAAGAAACAGAUGCCUUUCUCCUCUCAGCGAUUGUCCUUAUAGAAUUCGAUAUCUCUCUCCCGGAAGCAGAAGCACAGGCGUGUUGGUUGAGGAUGUGAUCCACAUGAGCACUGAAGAUGGACAAGCUAAAGAUGCUCGGAUCACAUUCGGAUGUAGCGAGUCCCAACUAGGGUUGUUCCAAAAAGUGGCUGUAAAUGGUAUCAUGGGACUUGCAAUAGACGACCUGGCUGUUCCAAACAUGUUGGUUAAAGCUGGAGUGACCUCAGAUUCUUUCUCAAUGUGUUUUGGUCCCAAAGGGAAAGGAACAAUCAGUUUUGGAGACAAAGGCAGCUCAGACCAGCUUGAGACUCCAUUGAGUGGCACCCUCUCUCCGCCGUUUUACGAUGUGAGCAUCACCAAAUUCAAGGUAGGAAGUGUGACGGUGGGAUCAGGAUUCAGCGCGAUAUUUGACUCUGGGACCGCGGUUACAUGGCUGCUGGAGCCUUACUACACUUCUCUAACCACAAACUAUCAUCUCUCUGUACCAGACAAACGACUUCCGGCAAAUGUGGAAAGCCCCUUUGAGUUCUGCUACAUUAUUACAUCAACUACGGAUGAAGAUAAGCUUCCUUCAAUUAGCUUUGAGAUGAAAGGAGGAGCUGCUUAUGAUGUUUUCAGCCCCAUACUUGUCUUCGACACCUCCAAUGGUAAUUUUCAAGUCUAUUGCUUGGCCGUCUUGAAGCAAGUUAAUGCAGACUUCAACAUCAUCGGACAAAACUUCAUGACCAACUACAGAAUCGUCCAUGAUCGUGAGAGAAUGAUCUUGGGAUGGAAAGAAUCUAAUUGUAAUGAUGCUAAUGGUUUCACGGGACCAACGGCUUCAGGGAAACCGCCAUUGUUGCCGCCAACACCAACGCCAACGCUGUCUCCAAGAACUGUUAACCCUUCCAGCCGUUUGAACCCUUUAGCUGCUUCUUCACUCUUCAUCAUUUGCUUCAUUUCUUUUGUAUGUUUUUGAUAGUGAGUAAAUUACAUUUACUGUCGUUUCUACCUUCCAAAAGUUACACAUAUUCCCAAGAAAUCUUCAA